CACAAAAGGUCAAACAACAAUCAACAAAAACUCUCUCUUUACCUCCAAAAGAAAAAGCUCUCACAUGGCUGGUUCUUCAUUGAAGGCAAACCUAAAGGGGCCGCAAGUGUUCAUCAGUUUCCGGGGAGAUGAUGUGCGCAAACACUUCAUAAGCUUUCUCGUCCCUGCUUUAAGAAGAGUGAAUAUAAAUGUAUUCAUAGACGAGGACGAGCUUUUGGGCGCAGACCUAGCUAACCGGUUUACGAGGAUAGAAGAGUCCGAGAUCGCACUGGUAAUCUUCUCAGAGAACUACGCCGAUUCGGAUUGGUGUUUGGAUGAGCUGGCCAUGAUAAAGGAACGUAAAGAUCAAGGUCGUCUCAGAGUGAUUCCCAUCUUCUAUAAUAUAUCUCCUUCCGUCGUGAAAGAACUUCGAGAAAAAUUUGGAGAUAAGUUCAGGGAUAUUCAGCGCAGAUAUCAACACAAGCCAGAAAGAACUAAAAAAUGGGAGGAAGCUUUAGUGUCUAUUCCUGACGUGAUAGGCAUGCCCCUGUCAGAACAAAGUGACAAGACUGAUAACGAUUUCAUAAACUCAUUGGUCGUCAAGAUUCAGAUAUUGCUGGACCAUAUGGUCGCGAGAGGAACCCCGACAAGAGAAAAGAAUCAUCAUGGAGGUUCCAUUGCCUCUUCCAUUGUUCCUGCAAGCCAGCAAGGAGUUUCACUGGUUCCUGCUAGGAAAAUAGAAAGAGAAGUAACUCUUCAAGGAGGUUCUGUUGUCUCUUUCAUGAUUCCUGCAAGACAGCUAGAUAUCAUUGAUAUUGAGAAUAGUCAAAAAUGGGCUUGGAGUUUUAUCAGCGAAGCGCCAAACUAUGCGGGAGUUGAAGUUCUAAAGAUGGUUAAAAUUCACUGGCUACACAUAAAAGGAACUUUUGAAACGACGGAUCUAACACCAGGAACAAAAUAUGAGGCAGUUUUUCUAGUAAAAUUAGAAGAUAAUGCAAUUGGAUGGGAGAAACCAGUGACCUUGAAGCUAAAGGUGGAACAACACGAUGGCAGCGACAGUCGGGUUGAUCGUAAUGAGAACCUCAAAGAUUACAUAGGCCAAAACUGGGUGGAUAUUCUAGCCGGAGUUUUUGUGGUGCCACCGAGAAACAAGCCAGCAGAUACCAUCACUGUCACCAUGUAUCAGUACGAGACAAAUGAUAAGAAGAAGGGCCUCCUCGUCAAAGGCGUUGCAAUUCGUCCCACGAACUAAUGCGCCCAAAGCAAAGAAGAUUUGAUAUCUUUCUACUAUCUAUUUCUUUAACAAUUUCGUUCCAAUAAAAUAAACAGCAUGUCUUUUUGAUAUUUUCUUGCAAAUAAUGUAUAAAAUAAACAAGCAUAUCUUUUAAAUCUUGACC